GACGGAUAUCCGCGAUGCAUCGAGUCAGUCGAGUCACCGAAAAAUACUGAACAAGUUUUCGUCUUCCCUCUCGAGAUCUCGACGACGGUCUUUGCACAGCGAAAAUCGCGACAUGGUCUCGAAUGAGCGUGGUCGACCGGCUCGACGGAGCUUCCAGUGAAACCGGGAAGAAUGUGGAAGAUCGGAGGCACGUAUCCAUGAAGGAUCGAGGGUGGAUCCAUCGGAAUCUGGCCAAAUGGGUUAAAAGGAAGCGCGAUGGACGGCGCGACCCCGUGCUGCUCGCAAAAUGGUGAUCGUGCUGCCCUCGUGGAAACGCAACAAGUGGCGAUCUGUUCCUUAUUCCUGAACUGUCGUCCUCGAUAUUAUCCAAAACAGAGAAUUCGAUCCAGGACUCGUUGCUUUCGAUCCGAAGAUCCGUCAAACGAAAGUCUCCGACGAGUUACCUUCUUCUGACGGAAUUCCGCGUGUUCCGACGACGAGAACAAAUACUCGUCGAACCGACUCAAAGAGAUAGUAGUAUUCGAUCGAUCGGGAAAUUAUUCGGUUUUACGGCCGAGCUCGAGGGAGUACUAAAUUCAAUUCCUCGCGUUAAUCUCCGGCAAAGAAGACGAACGAUCGAGCUACGGAGUGGCUCUCGGAGUCAAUUUCCAUCCUCUCGAGCCGAAAUUAUUCGCGACGAGAGCCCGCGAGCAUGAGCGGACCCGAGAACGGGCAUACCAUCUUUCGGGAGCGAGGAAAAAGAUCGUCGACGUGGCUGCGAGCGAAGUUUCGCGUUCCCAUGGACUGAAAGGGUAAAUCUGUAGAGAUUAAUCUGAGAGGCAUCGGUCGUCGUCGAAUGAGACGAUGGUGAUGAAGAUUUCCGCGGUCGAGGCUGGCGUUCCGUUGCUAAGCGCCGUCGGUCCGCGUUGCGUCGUCAAGCAGGCCACGGUCAAACGAUGCGUCGCGGCGCUGCUGCUCGUCUCCGUCGCCAGCAUAUUCUACUACACGCACUACAUCAUCAGCAGUCCGCUGUCCAGCCUCAUUCACCGAGAUACUAGACCAGAACCAGCAAUAAGGUGUUCCACGUUGAGAGGAGCCACAAGAUUGCCAUCGGCGCCGGAUCAUCGCAGCGAGGCUCGUCUCAGGACGGACCCAAAGGUGUUGGUUUUCGUGGAAACGUUAUACUCGAUGCUAGGAAAGAACAUUGCGGAGCUGCUCGUCUCUAAUCGAAUCAAGUAUAAAUUGGAAGUGGCUGGCAAGUCUUUACCUGUGCUGACUAACCUGGAUAAAGGUCGUUACGGAGUUCUGAUCUUCGAGAACCUGAACAAGUACCUGCAGAUGGACAAGUGGAAUCGGGAAUUGCUGGACAAAUAUUGCAGAGAGUACUCGGUCGGCAUCGUUGGUUUCGCGCCCUCUGGCGAAGAAAGUCUAGUCGGUGCACAACUGAAAGGCUUUCCUCUUUUUGUACACACUAACCUUCGACUAAAGGAUGCUCAGCUGAAUGCAGCGUCCCCUAUUCUCCGAUUAACCAGAUCCGGGGAAACAGCCUGGGGACCACUUCCUGGCGGUGACUGGACCAUUUUUCAAGCCAAUCACAGCACCUACGAGCCGUUGGCUUGGGCUCAUCGGGACAGCCUCGACUAUCCAGCCAACAAAAGUCCUCUGGCAACUGUCAUUCAGGAUCACGGAAGAUACGACGGUAUUCAGAGGGUGUUCUUCGGCGGUGGUUUACGCUUUUGGCUGCACAACUUGCUGCUGCUCGACUCGUUAUCGUACCUGUCGCACGGUCAGCUGAGCCUGAGCCUGAAUCGCAUGAUCCUGGUGGACGUCGACGACAUUUUUGUCGGCGAAAAGGGCACCAGACUCAGGAAGGACGACGUGAUGGCGUUACUGACUACCCAGCAGAGGAUCCAGGCGUUAGUCCCAGGAUUUAAAUUCAACUUGGGGUUUUCCGGGAAGUACUUCCAUCACGGCACCGCCGAGGAAAAUCUGGGGGACGACAUGCUCCUGGAGAACGUCGACAGAUUCACGUGGUUCUCUCAUAUGUGGAACCAUCAACAACCCCACCUCUACGAGAAUGUGACACAUCUGCAACUGGACAUGGCGCUGAACAAACAGUUCGCGAAAGACCACGGAAUCCCGACAGGAAGCGGUUACAGCGUAAGUCCUCAUCAUUCCGGCGUUUAUCCGGUUCACGAGGGGCUGUACGAGGCAUGGAAAAGGGUGUGGAAUAUCAAAGUCACCAGCACAGAGGAGUACCCUCAUUUGAGGCCCGCUCGAUUAAGGAGAGGCUUCAUUCAUCGUAACAUAAUGGUUCUACCGAGGCAAACAUGUGGCCUUUUUACACACACGAUCUUCAUCGAUAGAUACCCGGGCGGAAGAGACAAGCUAGACAAGUCGAUACAGGGCGGUGAACUGUUUCAGACCAUCGUUCACAAUCCUAUUAAUAUUUUUAUGACGCACAUGUCGAACUACGGAAACGAUCGUCUGGCACUGUACACCUUCGAAUCGGUGAUCAAGUUCAUCCAAUGCUGGACGAAUUUGAGGUUGUCCAGCUCGCCGCCUCUUCAGCUUGCCGAGAGAUAUUUUCAGCUUUACCCGGAGGAAUCCGAUCCCGUGUGGGGUAAUCCUUGCGACGACCAGAGACAUCAAAAGAUCUGGUCGAGGAAUAAAACCUGUGAUCAGCUGCCGAGAUUCUUGGUAAUCGGUCCCCAAAAAACUGGCACCACGGCUCUUUAUACUUUCCUUUCCAUUCAUCCAGCGAUAAGCAGCAAUUUACCGAGUCCCGACACGUUCGAGGAGAUUCAGUUCUUCAAUGGAAAGAAUUAUUACAAGGGACUCGACUGGUACAUGAGCUUCUUUCCAGCGUCGAAAAACGAAAGUUCGAGAUAUCUGUUCGAAAAAUCAGCAACCUAUUUCGACGGGGAACUAGUACCACGAAGAGCUCACGCGCUACUACCUAGAGCAAAGCUGAUUACUAUACUUCUCUCGCCUGCGAGGCGUGCCUACUCCUGGUAUCAACACACGCGAGUUCACGGAGAUCCUGUAGCGAAUAAUUAUUCCUUUCACUCGGUUAUCACUGCGAGCGAUACCGCUCCGAAACCCCUACGCGAUCUCAGGAACAGAUGCUUGAACCCUGGCAAAUACGCUCAGCAUCUGGAGAGGUGGUUGUCCUAUUAUCCGCCUCAGCAAUUACACAUCAUAGACGGUGAACAGUUGCGUCAGAAUCCUGUGGAGACGCUGCACGAGCUUCAAAGGUUCCUGAAGAUCACGCCCGCUUUCAAUUACUCGUCCCACUUGAGGUACGACCCCAAGAAGGGUUUCUUUUGUCAGGUUACCAACGAGGAUCGCACGAAAUGCCUCGGUAAAAGCAAAGGUCGCCAAUAUCCGCCGAUGGAGGAUAAAUCGUACAAAUUGCUUCAGAGAUAUUACUUGUCCCACAAUACGGCUCUAGUUAAAUUGUUGAAACGUCUCGGGCUGAGGACGAUCCCACAGUGGUUGAAGGAGGACCUCACCGACACGGUGAUGACCUAGCAAACGUCGAUUACAUGAAACGACACCGUUUCCGAGUUGUUUAUCUCGACGGUAAACGAGAUCCAUCGUUUACUAGCGGAAGAUCUGUAAAAUAAUUGUACAUUGAAUGUUCCACUGGACUCCGUUAAUCCUCGAUGGAAGGACCAUUUACAGGCCUAUCCCGGUGGAGUGGCCUAAAAACGAUGGGGAGCCUGCGAAACUAGUCACUUAAGCGGUUUCACGGUGUCACGAACCGUGACUGUCGAUCGUUGUUAAGUCGAUAACGUUAUUAAUGUUAUAUUAUUGUCACCAUCUACGCGUCGUAGAGGAUAUGAUUAUUAGGAAACACAGCCCGCUCGCUGGUGCCAUCAUCCGUCUGUAUUAGGACACUUUUCGUUCUAAUCAUUACUGGUAAGGUGAACGAGGAACGAACGAUGAUUUCUAGUUUCUAUUCGAGUCACGACUCGAUGCGAUAUUUUCUUUGAACGAAAUUGAAAAUAUUUUGGUACGUCGGAGAUCAUGAACGACGUACAUUGGUGAACAAGAUUUGUAAAUCGGUAAUGCUACAACUUGGAAUUAGGUAUAGUGAUAUUUCGAUAUAUGGCUUAAAAAAUCUGACGUUUCGAAAUGUCCAAAUUUUUAAAUUUGGAAAUUUGAAUUUUCUAAAUUUAAAAAUUGACUCUCUGUAAAUGUGAAGAUUUGUAAAUUUGAGAUUUCUAAGUAACUUUGUGCGUUACAACGGUGGAGGAACACCAUUGAUACUCGUGAAAGUUGUUGAAGAAAACUAAAUUGCCAUAUAACGAGACUGCACUAUACGCGAAAGGAUGGAGACCAAUCAUGUUUUUUGUAAAGAAACGAUGCUAAACUUUGGUAAAACGUGAUCUGUCCAAAUCAUGUUGGAAUUUUUGAAGAUUUAUUUCCUCGUGAAGUGAUCGAUGAGUCGAUGAUCCCUUAAUAAGUCCUUAUCUCUGUUGUGGUACUAAUUGCAGGAUCGUUUCUGCGAGCGUGAGAUUUUCGGGACUUUGAGCUUUCCUCCCGCCCACUUACCUCUCGGAGACACAAUGUACAUUAAUUCUCGUCGUGUAAGGGUAUAUAGAAGAAAAAAAACUAUAAUGAUGAUUCUAUGUAUAUUUUGACAAUACUAUUCUUGGUACCGCCGACGAAAGAGGCCGAUGAAAGGUGUGUGAUCGCGUCCGUUUGUACAUUUAUGUAUCGUACUAUUUUGAUGUGAUCGUAGGUGUACCAUAAUGAUAUAAAAAAUUAAAACGAAGAAAAAGAUAUAACUAUUACGGGAGUGAUCGGUAAUCGAGAUCAUUUCCGACGAACGCUAAUCUUAAAUGAUCAGAUGAUAACUGCCUAUUUGCAAUAAUUGCUAUUGUCACGUUUAAGGUACACGGAGAUUUCUAGUUUACGAUAAUCCUGAGUUCCGCGAUAGAAUGAAUUUAUUCGUUGUUGAAGAGAAUCGGUUGAUUUUCGGAAACUUUAAUACCUGAUGUAUUAUACUUAGCGAAUCAUGUAAAUCGUCGAGAGAGAAUGCAUUGUUGUGAAUGAAGUGAUUGUUCGCGACAUAGUUUAAUCGUGAGGAUCGUUUGUUGAAUGCAUAUCGGUUGCAGUUAUAUCUGUUAAUUCUGUAUACGCAUAUCGAUUACUUAUUUUUUUUUUACACGAACACCCACGAAAUUCUCGUUAAGCUACCUUCUUAACAACUUUUCUAACCCUUCUUUGGAUUUUGGGGACCUAUUAAAUAUUUACACCAUUGUUAACUAUUUACACCAUUGUUUUAAUGAAUUUUUAUAUAUUUAUUUGAAUAUUUAAGUAGUUGAUCUAUUUGAGCAGGUUUAGUCGCUGCAUAACAUAGUUUGCACUUACCAAUUUGGUAAUAAAAUGGCACCUUGGAAUUAUCUGAAUUCGGGAAUCCAAAAGAGGGUUGAUACUAAUUUUACUAUUGCUUUAUAACUCGUUUUGAGGAUCUUUUUUUUAACUAGAUAUCUAUUUAUUUCACAAUACAAGUUGAUACUUAAACAGAAAUGAAAUAGCACAAUUAAUUGUGAAAGUCAUAGCAACGGAUAUUGUGAACAUUGUAAACUUUGGCUCGUAUUGAGCAAUUUAGAAACUAUGACGUCAUUCCCUAUGAAGUAUAUAUUUAUAAAAGUCUGGUGUCAUCGUCAAUCAAUCAUUUGACAUUUAGAUACUAUUUUAUUAUUAGCGUUUUGUUAUCCCUUGUAUAUUUUGUUUUCACUUUUAUACUACCCGUUAAAUCGUGUCGCGUGACGUUUAACGAAUCAUGUACAAAGUUUAUUGUUAAUAAUAUAUGAUAGUUAACAAUAAUGAUAUUAACAUUAAGCGAUUGAUCUUGUUUCGUCGAAUCGUGCCAUUUUACCAGUGUUGUACAUACGGUUGUAUUAUUGUACCAAUCGCAGAGUUGGAUCUCUAGAGUCAAUAUUAUCAAUUAUGUUCAGUAUGGCGGUAGCAACAAUUGUCCAAAUUGCUACCAGCUGACAAUAAUAAAACCAGAAUCACAAAAAUCA